AUGGAGGAGGGUGCCAAAGCUUCAGCUCAGGAAGAGAACAUAUGCUGGACACCCAAACCAGACCAGGUCUCCACAGAGGUAGAGAGUAACCUCAAGAUUGCUGUUGACCAGGGUGAAAUUCUAAAGGAGCUAGAGGAGAAGGAUGUGGAAGAGGAGAUUCCAGAGGCUGACCAGGCCGAGUUCUUAAAGCUUUUUGCCCAACUGCAGAAACUUAACCCUGGCUUCCAUGACAAGUUGCCCACUUCUGAAGAUGACCUCUUGGCUGCCUCUGACAGCGAGGAAAGCCACGGGUUAGGAGAUGGAGACAGGCGACCCCUCCUUGAGCAUGCUGAGGACCUCCAGGGACCUCCAGACAAAGGUGCCCCUUCUCUACUCCAUGUGGCCACAGGGCAAGGCCUUCGGGCAGCUGCUCAGCAUCUCCUGAGAUCUGUCCAGGGACAGAGAAGUGGAGAAUUGCUUUCCUCAGAAGCCAACCAGGAGGACUUCCUCAGCCUCCUCCAUUAUGAAGGGGGCAUAUCCGUGGAGGAGGAUGACCGGAUCGCUCUGGCCCAUUCAGAUGUGAUGAUCGGGGCUGGCUGUCAGAAAAUGGAAGUUGAGGGAAGGGCUGUGGCCCCAGAGAAGGUCCCUCCAGAGCCUGCCUGUGAUGAUCUGGAAGAGAGAAGAAGGAAAGUGCGUAGGCCCAGCCCGAGGCUGCUAAAAGAAUCCACUGGCUUGGAAGCAGCUGCGUCUUCUGACCCCAACUUGGAGGCCAGCAGCUGGAAAGGCUCCCCAGAUCCAAGCUGGCUAGCAGUGGGGGAGCCUGCGCUGAACCGCAUGGAGGAUUCCUCUCCCACCUCCGAUCCAGUGAAUAAAGCCAAUCUGUCAUCUUUCCCACUUUAUAAAGAUGUCCCAGGCCCCUGCGAGCCCGAAGAUCUGUUGGAUGGGGUGAUCUUUGGAGCCAAAUAUCUGGGUUCCACACAGCUUGUUUCCGAGAAGAACCCAUCCACAAGUGUCCGCAUGGCACAGGCACAGGAAGCUGUGGACAGGAUUAAGGCUCCUGAAGGAGAAUCCCAGCCAAUGACCGAAGUAGAUCUCUUUGUCUCCACUCAACGGAUCAAGGUCCUCAGUGCUGACACACAGGAAACCAUGAUGGAUCACCCCCUCCAGACCAUCUCCUACAUUGCUGACAUUGGGAACAUCGUGGUACUCAUGGCCCGUCGGAAGCUCCCUCGCCGGGCAGAUGCUUCCACCGAAAAACAGCUGUACAAAAUGAUCUGCCACGUCUUCCACUCAUCUGACGCUCAGCUGAUAGCGCAAGCCAUCGGGCAGGUCUUUAGUGUGGCUUACCAGCACUUCCUGCGGGCCAGCGGCAUUGACCCCAGCCAGCUUGGCUCCAUGGAAGACCAGAACGAUGAUGACCAGGAUCCUGACCAGAUCGAGGGAGAGCAGCUAUAUAAUGGAGAUCUGGCUCAUUUCUCCAAGCAAGAAAACUGUAAGGAAGUUGCCAUCUCCAAAGAGAAGGGUGAGAUCCUGGGCGUGGUGAUUGUGGAAUCUGGUUGGGGAUCCAUCCUUCCCACUGUGGUCAUUGCAAACCUGAUGCACAGGGGAGCAGCCGAGCGAUCCGGCAAGCUGAGCAUCGGGGACCGCAUCAUGUCCGUCAAUGGGACGAGCCUUGUGGGGCUGCCCCUCGCCUCAUGCCAGAAUAUUAUACGGGAUUUGAAAAACCAGACUGAAGUAACCCUCAACAUCGUUCAUUGCCCUCCUGUCACUACAGCAAUCGUUCGAAGGCCCGGCACAAAAUAUCCUCUGGGAUUCUCGGUGGAAAACGGCAUUAUCUGCAGCCUCAUGCGUGGUGGGAUCGCAGAACGUGGUGGCGUCCGCGUGGGACAUCGCAUCAUCGAGAUCAAUGGGCAGAGCGUGGUGGCUAUGCCGCACGAGAAGAUCAUCCAUAUCCUUAGCCAAGCAGUCAGCGAGGUCCAUAUCAAAACCAUGCCAGCCUCCACCUAUCGUCUUUUAACUGGCCAGGAGCAACCGAUCUUCCUCUGACGGGCUUUGCCGUGGCCACCGGCUUCCCGUGGCUGCUUCC